AUGUCUGGCAAGGGAUUAUCUUAUGGUCUCAGCAUCACAAAGAAACCAAAUGGCAAUGGCGCGAAACAACCUCCUGCGAAACGGAGACCGAUAUUUGGUGGAGACGACGAUUCGGACGAUGAUACCAAAACUGGGGAUGGUGGAAUAGAGGAGAUUGGUGAGCUUGGGGAAGCAUCAUCCAAACAAACUGUCGCAAAGCCUUUACAGAAGAAAGGUCCCAAAAUUUCGAUUGGAUCUAAACCGAAACUCGAUCCCUUAAAGAAGGCGCCUAUAGGCAUGUAUGGCGACCUCUCUAGUUCAUUCACGUCGAAGAAACAUGCAGAGACCGCAGAAGAACUUGAUGCGAAUAUCUACGACUACGAUGCAGUUUACGAUUCAUUGAAGCCACAAAAGAAGAUAAUCCCCGAAGAAGAAGAACGGAAACCGAAAUAUAUGAGCCAUCUCAUCGCAGCAGCCGCGGUGCGAAAGCGCGAUUCUACAAUUGCCGAGGAGAAGAAACUUGCUAGAGAACGAGAAGCUGAAGGAGAUGAGUAUGCGGAUAAGGAGAAAUUUGUGACAUCGGCAUACAAGAAACAACAAGAGGAUAAUCGCCGGGUUGAAGAAGAAGAACGAUUGAAAGAGGAGGAAGAGCAAAGAAAGAAUAAAGGCACGGGGAUGACCAACUUCUACAAAAAUAUGCUUGAAAAGGGUGAGCAGAAACACGCUGAGGUAGUAAAGGCUGCCGAGGAAAGGAUCAAACAAGGACCUCAAGAAGACACGGCGGAGGAUGCAAAGACGAAGACCGAAGCAGAUAUAGCACGGGAAAUCAACGAGAAGAAGGCAGGUACAAUUGCAAUCAACGAUGAAGGUCAGGUUGUUGACAAAAGAGAAUUACUCAAAGGCGGACUGAAUGUAAUACCGAAGCCGAAAUCAGCGCCCAAUGCGAAUUUAUCAAGAAGUGGAAACUCAAUGCCUGAUCGCGGAAGAGGCAAUGCAUUUGUGGGAGCCGGAGGUGGCAAACAAGCCAUGCGCGAGCGACAAUCACGAAUGAUGGAGGCACAAUUGGAACAAGUUACGAAGAGAGCCUUGGAAGAAGACGAAGAAGAGAAGCAGAAAGUGGAGAGAGCUUCUAAGAGUAGAAAGACCGAGGGCGAUAUAAUGAGCGCCAAGGAGAGAUACCUGGCCAGGAAAAGGGAGGCAGAAGAAGCAAAGAAAGGAGGAGAAUGA